ACAAGCCGCUCGCUUUCCGCUCACUCGUUUUAGUACGAAUUGUACUUUUCAAGCGACAAGUCCGACGAGGAAAUCGUGGGAAAACCGUCAGCAUAUCGGCUAUUGGAAAAAGAGAAGAGUUCAGUCACCAGGUGAUCGGCGUAUUGGGAAAUUUCAGUCGUGCUUUCCUGCCCAAGUCCGGGAAAAUCGUGGAAAUUGUGUAACGUGUGGCAGCGAGCGGUUACGUGCGGCCGGAGUCCUUCUGACCGGAAAAGCGAAAUCCGUUUCUGGUGCGAGAACGCAGUGUUCGCUUCUGUUGGAAAACGCGCGGCCAGUCGUCACGUCCUUCACGGGAAAUUCGCGAGAAAAACAUCUGAAAACUCGUCGCGGAGCCGCGGGUGUUCUGUUUUGUUGUGCGUUUGCCGACGUCUUGGACGGGAAGUUGGGAAAUCGUGCGAAAUCAAUGUUCCGAGUGAAAGCCUGUCGAUAGCGGUCGAAACAUAAUCGAGAGGUCCGCAGGGUCGCCAGUCGCCUAGCGGAAACGCGGAUUCAGCAAAAGGGAAAUCCCUGUCGCCGUUUGAAGUUCCUUGACAGAUAGUUGUGCGGGUGUGUGCGUCCUAGACGUGAGGCGAAAGUGAGUUUUCAUUUGUUUCCUCCGGUCGAAGCCGUGGAAGGUUCUUUUCCAAAUUCCGGAGUUCUUGUGCUUUCCUGGGCGGACGGAAAAAUCUGCAAAAGUGGCGGCUGCAACGGCGACGGCCAAUAACUUCGUAAUUGCGGCCCCAUCGACCGCAACUACGGCUACAAUGGCCUUCAACGGGGGUGGCGGCGGCGGCGGUGACGGCCCCCAGAACAAGAAGAUCCGCACCGGUCAACAAACGGGCGAAGCCAUGGAUACCCAGCACCAGAAUAAUCGGACACAACAGCAAACUCUAAACAAACCAAACGAUGAUCUACGAAGAAAACGACCGGAAGCAACAAGGCCAAAUCAUAUUCUCCUCUUCACCAUCAUAAAUCCAUUUUAUCCAAUUACAGUGGACGUCCUACACAAAAUUUGUCAUCCACAUGGCCAAGUACAGAGAAUUGUCAUAUUCAAAAAGAAUGGAGUCCAGGCGAUGGUUGAAUUCGACAGUUUAGAAUCUGCCACAAGAGCGCGAGAUAAUUUAAAUGGAGCUGAUAUUUAUUCUGGAUGCUGCACCCUCAAAAUCGAUUAUGCGAAGCCUGAAAAAUUGAACGUAUACAAAAAUGACUCGGAUACAAGUUGGGACUACACACUAGCUACAGCUGCUAAAGAAUUGUGCAAUGGUCGUACUCCACUAUUACAGGAGCCAAUAUACGGCGGUCGUCCACAACCAUAUAGUGAGUACCAAAAUGUUGCUGGUGCUUCGUUUGAUGGAAAACUAGUUGGUCUGAUGAGAAAUUAUUAUCGAUUUGAAGAGCCCCCACUGCUUGGACCAGGCGCUGGAUUCCCAACAUACGGACCACCGGAUUUUCAUCAGACCACCGAAGCAUGGAAGGGUGCACCGAUACAUCCGACAGGGUUGAUGAAGGAGCCACCUAUUGCAGCAGGUCGUAACGCGCCAGUUAAUUUCGCAACAACGGGACAGCAACAGCAGGGAGCCGUUAUGAUGGUGUACGGUCUGGACCACGAAACUUCAAACACAGACAAACUAUUUAAUUUGGUAUGUCUGUACGGGAAUGUGGCACGGAUAAAAUUCUUAAAAACCAAAGAGGGCACAGCAAUGGUACAAAUGGGUGAUUCAGUUGCAGUUGAACGUUGUGUACAGCACCUAAAUAACAUUCCCGUGGGAAAUAAUGGAAAAAUACAAAUUGCCUUCUCGAAACAGAAUUUCCUAUCGGAAGUGAUUAAUCCGUUCAGUCUUCCAGAUCAUACGCCCAGCUUUAAAGAAUACACUGGCUCAAAAAAUAAUCGUUUCCUUUCACCAGCACAAGCAAGUAAAAAUCGCAUACAACCACCGAGUAAAAUAUUACACUUUUUCAAUACACCACCCGGUCUAACCGAUGAACAACUGAUAGGAAUUUUUAAUAUUAAGGAAGUACCCCCAACUUCGGUUCGAAUGUUCCCGCUUAAAACAGAACGCUCAUCGUCCGGCCUAAUAGAAUUUUCUAGUAUCGCUCAAGCUGUUCUAGCAAUAAUGAAAUGCAAUCACCUACCGAUUGAAGGCAAGGGUACAAAGUUUCCGUUCAUCAUGAAACUCUGCUUUUCGUCAUCAAAAAGCAUGAACGGUGCAUGGAACAAUGCCACGACAGAGGGUGUUGUUGAGAAGGAGAACGACGUAGUGGGGAUAAAGGAGGACGGAGUUUAUUGAGAUUUAAUUCAAAUUUUAUAAAUUUUGUUCGUAUAGCUAUUUAAUUGCAAUAUUUAGUUUAACAUUCGUGUUUUUCCUAAAUGUUAAUUUUAAUGAAAAUGAAAAAAAGUAUUCAGAAAUAUCAAAGAAAGAAACCAACGAUAAUACUUUGAAAGCACAGCUAAUUAAUUGUAAACUUGUAUUUCCUGAAUUAAACGCAACUUGAUUUUGCAUUUCGAUUUACUAUGAAAAUUAAAAUUCAUAAAUUUAUACCAGAGGAAAGCCAAAAACUUACGAUAAUAAAUGAUUGAUUUCAAAUAAAGCGAAGCUUGGAGAGAUCAAAACAUUUAUUAGGGAACUUAUACAAGCUUUUAUUUUCGAAGAAGUAAAAUAAGAUUCUAAAGCAAUCAACCACCAAAACUAAAGAGAAAGUAAUAUGCAGAGAAAUGUAUAGGAAAAAUGGAGAGUUACAUAAGAUAAUGUGAAAGUUUCCAUAAAAACAAAUUAUAUUUUAGACAAGCCUAGAAACUUAUUCGGUACUCAGAAAAUUCAAACUGAAAUAUGAAAUUCGAAGCAAAUUUGGAAGUAGUGUAGAAAAGAAUGUAAAAUAUUUCUACUUGGGACAACCAUGUAAGUGAAAGGAUAAUAGAAUGGAUUUACAAACACUAAACUUGAAUAUAAAAAGACAUGUUUUUUUCUAAUAUUAGUUAAUUUAAAAUCUUCAUUAUCAAGAUAACGAAAAAAGCUAAAAUGAAAAUAAAAUGAAAAUUCAUUAGAUUAUACAUUAUAAUGUAAAAAGAAUAUGAAACGAAGUAAAUAUAUAUAAAAAAGAACUUACAAAAAUAUAAAUGAAUAAAAGUCAUAAGAUAUUGUGUAAAUUUUUUCCGAUUUAUUAAUUAAAAAAACAACAAAAAUAAAGAGAAACAUAGAAUUUUAUGUAUAGUUUAAAAAUGCAAGUGAAUGUUUCGUAGUUUAAAAUAAUUUAAAUAUAUGUAUAUUGUAAAAUUGCGAAGAAGAACUGUACUUCGGAGGAAACAUGAAAGAAAACCAAAAUCAGCAAUAUACAUAAUAUCGAUUAUGUACCAUAUCAAUUUUACUAAACGGAAAUGAGAAUAAAACUUAUAACAAGAAGAAA